AUGAGCGAUGAUGAGGAGCAUGGUCUGAACGAGGAUACCACUGAUAGCCACAGCGGCAAGGGAAAGAAGGGCUCAACAUGGCAGCGGAUGAAGUGGACCGAUUCAAUGGUUAAGCUUUUAGUUACUUUAGCGUCCUACACUGGUGAGGAUCCAGGAGCUGAUUUAGGAUGUGGAAGGAGGAACUGUGCAAUGGUGCAUAAGAAAGGCAAGUGGAAGGCAAUAUCAAAGGUGAUGGGCGAGCGAGGUUGCAAUGUGUCACCGCAGCAGUGCGAGGAUAAGUUCAAUGACCUCAAUAAGAGAUACAAAAGGCUUACAGAUAUCCUUGGUCGGGGUAGAACUUGCAAGGUUGUGGAGAAUCCAGCACUUCUGGAUCGCAUGGAUAAUCUCUCUGACAAGUUGAAAGAUGACGCAAGGAAGACACUGAGCUCAAGGCACUUAUUCUAUGAGGAGAUGUGCUCCUACCAUAAUAAUAACCGGAUUAGUUUGCCUGAAGAUCCUGCACUUCAGCAUUCACUGCAGUUUGCUCUUAGGUGCAAAGAGGAAAAUGAUAUGAUGCAAGGAGCAAGUGGAGAUGCCGAUGAAGAUGACCAGAGUUCAGACUCUGAUUAUGAGGAAGAUAAUGAUGAGGACCAUCAUGUGGCACAUAGCAAUAAAGGGGGCUUACCCAUGCAAAAGAAGAUGCGGUAUACAGCAGAUCACGAGGAUGCUAGUUUCGGGAACUCUUUGAGUGCACACGAAUGUAGCCGGAGGACUAAUCCCCAUGGAAUCGCACUAGAUAUCAACGAAGUUGUUCCAGAUGGAACGAGCUUGGCUUUGACAUAG